AUGGGCGUGGUGGACCCGCUGCACAUGCUCAACACGGUGCGCAAUGUGGUCACCGGUAUUGUUGAUGAUGCCAAGACUCUUGCGCCCAAGGAUUGUCUCUGUGCAGUGCUAGGCACAGCAGUGGACCUUCCUCCCGAGCACGCUUAUAGGGCAGUAUACCUUUGGCUGCUCGGUGAGUACUCUCUAGAGCAGCACCUUGCCUUCUGCGAAAGUGCAAAGAGGCGAUACCAGAUUGCCUUGCAAGAUGUUGAGCAAUUUGGACCAUCAGCUUGUUGACUCCUCGCGUACUUUGGACAGACAAUGGGUGCUGCGAUGGACCAUGCUCAGGCAGACUACAACAGGGUGAGUCUGCGCCGGUGCUCGAUGGACGUGCUGUAGCUGACACCGCUCUACCCCACAGGCAAAGGAUCCAGAUUGCCCCUCCCCCUAUCUGUCCCACCUCUUGGCCCACCUGGACAUUGA